CAGCUUCUGAAGAACAAAAGAAUCACUAACAGGAUUUACUGCAGACUUAAACUGGCAUCACCAACUGUUAGAGAAAAAGAAAGAAAAUUGCAUCCUGCUUUGUAUCACUUUAGUUUUGAAACGUGACCCGGAAGUAAUCGUGUGUAUUGAUCAGGCGUUGCAGUGGGAACAGAGUUUGGUUUACACACCUCCUAAUAACAGCAGAAAAGCGCCAGUAUUAGUAUUUUCUGAGCUGUGUGUAAAAUGUGCAGCCUUCAGGGUCUGAAGGUUUUCGUCCAGCAGCGGCUAACUGCGGCUGUGGAGGAGAUAUUUGGACAUUUUGAGAAAACAAUAACCGAGUAUGAAGAGGAGAUCCACCGCCGACACCGCAGGCUGCUGGACGAGGUUUUAAAACCCGAUAAAAAGCUGCGAAAAGCAGAGUGUCCCGCAGACGUCCAGCAGCUGUUGGAGAAUAGAGAAGAGGUUCCCUUUGAGCAGCAGGACCAGGAGCCCCCACACAUUAAAGAGGAAGAGGAGGAACUCUGGACCAGUCAGGAGGGAGAGCAGCUUCAAGGGCUGGUUGGUGUUGAUAUCCCAUCCUCCCCUGUAUCAGUGAAGAAGAGUGAAGAUGAUGAAGAACCCUCACAGCUUCAUCAAAGCCAAACUGAGAAGAACAGAGACUUUGUGGGAGGAUCAGAACCAGCCAGCAACGUGUAUCCAGAUAGUUAUUUACAACCAGUUAGUAAUGAGAAGGCUUCAGAUGCUUCAGAACCAGAGACUGAAGUCAGUGAAGAUGAUUGUAAGGACACCAGUGAACCUCAAUCAGGUUUAAACUCUCUGGAAAAUACUGAAGUUCCUGUGAGUGGUGUCAAGUGUAACGCUGUCAAAAAGUCUUUUAUCUGCUGUGAAUGUGGUAGAAAGUUUGGUCGUAAGGACAGUCUGCGGAGACACAUGCGAUAUCACACGGGAGAGAAACCAUACAGUUGCUCAGUUUGCGGUAAAAGAUUUUCUCAGAGGCCAAACUUGAUUCGUCACAUGAGAUGUCACUCAGGAGAGAAACCCUUCAGUUGCUCAUUUUGUGACACGAGUUUUGCAGUGCGCAGCGCUUUAGUAAAUCACAUGAGAAUCCACACGGGGGAGAAACCGUUCAGCUGCUUGUAUUGUGACAAAAGCUUCACACAAAAGGGAGGUCUGAAAAAACACAUGACAGUCCACACAGGAGAGAAACCGUACAGCUGCCCUGUUUGUGAUAAAAGCUUUUCUCAAAAGGCCAAUCUGACGUAUCACUUCUCAGUUCACACCGGACAGAAACAGUUCAGCUGCAGUGUUUGUGACAAAAGAUUCACCUGGCAGUCGCAGGUGAAAAGCCACAAGUGUGUCGGUGAGAGCAGCUGCAGAGCUGCUGGUUCAGCUGGAAAUCAGCAAUAACUGAGAGACUCUGCUGGGAAUUUCUGCUUCACUCCCACUUCAGUGACCAGUUAGCUGAGGUGGGAACCACAUGGACAUUUCUGGAUUAUGAAUGUAAGAUAAAAAAUAUUCAUGAACUGAUGUUACAAACGCUGAGUACUAUAGGAACCUUAUGGUAACAUGCUGGAUAUACUGUAUUACAGCUGAAUCCAAAUGUCUUAAACAGACUGAAGCCUGCGAGUGCCGACGUCUGUCCAAAUCUACAGUUCGUCAAGUCUACAAGGAGCCUCAAACGCACUUUCUGCCGACUUCCAGAGAGUCUGCUCAGGGUACAGACUUCAACUAAUGUACCCAUGCCAGUGACAGCGUUUAUCAAUAAAAAACAAUAAUGUGACAUAUUUAAA